AUGGAAGCUGGCAGUCCAGAAGAGGAGGACCGCCUGGCCACUGCGCUCAAUGUGCAACGCCAGGUCCAUCUCCAGCACCACCAACCGCAACCUCUAGCUUCUCCUCCUCAGUACUCGCACCAAAUUCAUCGUCAACCGAACUUCGUUUCCAACUACGAUCAUCACGAUUCAGAUUUCGACCUCGACUCCGAUUUCGAUCGCUACCACCGCUCAUCCGAACCCCCCUCCCAGCAAUCCCAACAUCACUACAUCCCUAGCAGCCCCACAGCGAACGGCUUCGCUCUCGAGAACUUGGAUGCCUCUGCCGCCCACACGGCUGGGGCUCUCGCCGCCGGUGGUCAUGCUCACGAUCUAGUAAACCCGGAUGAUUUCUACCGAAGCUAUCGAGGCGUGCAGUCGUCAAAUCAUCAUCGACGAACACCUUCCUCAGAUUACGACUACAUGGCGACCUCCGUAUCUCGAGCUCGCGAGAACUCGGCCAUGCGGCCAAACGGCAAUGGCAAAGAUCCAAAGCACCCGCCGGCUCCUGCAGCUCGUGCGCCCUUGCGCCCUUCGCAGCGAUCUGCUUCUGCUCCUGUUGAACCCCCAAUUGGUGCCCCGAGGACCAAUACAAAUCGCAAGCCGAGCGUCAAGGAUUUGACCAAGAGAUUCGACCAGCAGACCUUGUCGCCAGCGCCUUUGAUGCCCAGAAUCCCCGUGCGAGGCGUCCCGAUUCGACCGAGUAGAGCCGCGACAAACGUCGAAAAACCUACACCUAGCGGAAACGGGUCAACAUCAUACUCUACACUGAGGGCCUCGACGAACCGUGAACUGACACCUGACACCAGCAGAGGAACGGCUACUCGAACCCAACGAACGAAAUAUGUCGCCGAAGAUCAAAUGUCCAACAAUUCUCAAUCUUUCGCCAGUCGCAUCGCCAAGCCACGAAACAUAACCUCAGCUGCGGGCAUUGCACACGCAUCUAAAUCUAUGACAAACCUUCAGCACAAGUCACCUUCUUUACCGCCGUCUUCUCCCAGAGCGCCCGGUCUGCUCUUUGGUGAAAUCCUUCCCGAGCAGCGAGACACCUCAGCCGUUGGAUAUGGGAUCGAGGGUUCGGGUUCACGACCGCGGAGGACUUCAGAGUCUAGUAUUCAUGUGGCUAAGCUCCACCAACGGACGAAAUCCGACCCCGAUCUCGUCGAACCGGCAUCUCCAACUGAUUGGUACCGAGCCACGACAACACUCCCAAAUCGUUCAGCAGGACGUUCGGCCCACAAUGCUAGAGGUCAUGUUCGGGCACAUAGUGACGUGGCCGCGUCGAAGGCUGGAGCACCCCUGGUGAGAAAGGCUCUUGCGUCGCGUCCGAUGGCAGAGGUCGAGCAGUCUGAGCGAGCAGCGUCACCUACAUCGCGCCUUCCAGUUUCUGUACGCAAGCUGGCCACCUCAAGUGACUCGACGAGCCCGCCAUCCACAAGAGAAAGCUCUAGAGCCAAUUCUCCAUCAACGUUCAAGCGCCCGGCGCCAGCAAGUAAGACAAGUCGGACAACUACACCUGUUAAUCGUGCCAAGACACCUACUCAGUCGAAAACACCCACUCAAGCCACGCCGGGACGAAAAGCUGCGCCUCGAGGUCUCGUAACUCCGAAUAACAAUACGCGCCUCACUGCCUUAGUGGCAGCACCACCCCCGAAGCUAUCUCCUCCGCUACGCAGUUCUCGACCCCGGCAGUCUGUGUCGACAGCCACCACGGCAAGCUCGCGCUUGAAAGCCGUUGAUAGGUCCAAAUCGCCGCAUAAGUCUGCGCCGAAGCAAUCCUUGAAGCCCGAUGGAUCAACGACCCGAAGACGGAAGAUCUCUGUGGGCCCUAUUGACUUUGAGCAACGACGUGAACACAUCAGACUGGCGUAUACUAAGUCUAUCCGCGAUAGUCAGGUGCGGGAUGCUAAACAGGCAGCGGCGAAACGCAAGAAAGACGAAGAAGCUGCUGCUGCUGCUGAGGAGAGGGAAGAAAUUCCCCCGGUCCCGCCGAUUGAAACUGAGUCGUCUCCAGUGGAUCAAAGCAAAACCUUGGAGGAACCUUCUGGAGCCCCGGAACCGUCGGCGCAACCUCCAUCGCCUGCGCAGUCGCCUCAGCCACUGACGAUUUCGACGAUAUUGCCACCCGUCGUUGCUCUCUCUCCGCCACAGGCUCGAGCUGUGGACUCGCCUACGCUGGGCAUCCCAGGCAGUUUCCCGGCCUUGAGCCCUCCUUUUGAGAAAGAAGAAAUCCCGCAAUCCGCAGUUUCGGUCACUUCGGAGACUACCGAGUUUGACAAUGAGCCACAAGAACUUCCUCCCGUGCAGCUGGAACUCGCGCAACCUCCUACUGGGCUCGGGUUGACGAUUAUUCAAGCGGACGGUAAUCACGAGCAGGCAGAAUUGGAAGAAGUGCGACGCACGCCAACCCCAGAGAAGGUCGAACCCGAGGAAUUUCAGCCAUUGCUGGCGGCCGAAACAAUCGAAGUCGAACAGCAGUCCCCAUCGCCAACGCUGGAGAAGGCUGAAGCCGAAGAAGAGCCACGACUGCCGACACCAGAAAGGGCGGAAUAUCAGUACCCGUUCGAGGAUGAGUCCGCAGGCGACGACGUGGUAUCAAUCAAGAUCUCAUUGGAUCCAACAUCUUCCCAUCAAUCGCCCGAACCGACCCCGACGAGAAGCGAGUUCGAUGAUCCGGCCGUUCCUGGUGCAUUUGCCAGCUCGCGGCCGAUCUCCGAGUACGAGCCGAUUCCGUUCUCGAGCCCAUCGUACGAGACGACAGUCAAGAUUCUCAUGCGGGAAUCUGAGUAUGACUCUCCUCGACAGGAAACAAUUCCUUUUCCAAGAAUGGAGUCGUAUGAUGACUUUGAUGAUCAGAGCCAAAUGGGUGACAUGGAUGGGUCCGUAGGUGAUGUGUCGUACUUCCACCACAAUGCGGAGAAGGAUUUGGUGUCAGCCAUUGACACCCUUGAGAAGCCCGGAGACUUCUACAAUGAGCACCACAAGGACAAUGAUUCGUCUCAACGAGCGUCUACUUGCGAGUCUUCUGAUCCGCAAGAUGACCCUCGCAAGACGAGCCUUGAGAGCCAGCAAACUCCGGACACAUCCCGCAGCCUAAUGGUUCCUUCUAUGCAUGCGACUGUGAACCGGAUCAGCCAACAAUCUGCAUGGACUGAUUUCUCGGUUGAUAGCGAUGAACCCAUCCACCACAGAAUCUCGGCCUUCGACGAUGUUCUCCCUAUUCCAAAGCCGCCUUUUGCAUCCGAGUCAACCUUUGGAUCGGGCUCUAGCAGAGACUCGUCUGCCCGGCAGAGUGAACAUUACAGCCCUGACUUUACGCCAUCGGAAACAGGAGCCGCCCAGCCAUCCAGCCGUGCUACCAUUCAUCAGCUGCCGGAGUUGGAUACUGGAGACGGUUUCUCGGUUCCUUACAUCGAUGAAAGUCACUAUCCACCCCGGAAGGCAGAUCCCACCUUACCACGACCAGAACAUGAGCCUCCGCCAGUCCCUGCGUCUACACGAGCUCGUGACAGGCGAACGGCAGCUAGCAGUUUCUAUGCCGACACUCUUCCUGGAAGUACUAUCGGGAGCUCUUCUCGACGUCAGAGCGAAGAUGUGUCGCGACCCGUCUCCACCACACAGUCCAUCGACCAUAUGUCGAUCGAGACCAGAGACUAUUCUCUCGGCGGCCAGACUCCGGUGGAGUCGAUAGCAACACCCAGCCAGAAAGAUGGCCCAAUCGGAAAAGAGAGACACCGUCUAGUUCAACGACGCAAUGUGAUAAGAGAACUCGUCGACACCGAGAUGGUUUUUGUAAGGGACAUGAACAUUGUUGAGGAGAUUUACAAGGGUACCGCUGAAGCCUGUCCACGAUUGGAUGACAAAACCAUCAAGCUCAUUUUCCGAAAUACCGAUGAGAUUAUCAGCUUCCACACCGUGUUCUGUGCUCAGCUUAAGGAAGCUGUUUGCACAGUCUAUGUGCCUAAUGGCAGGCGAUCCCCUCUGCCAAAGGAUGACUCGGUAGCUUCGGAGCAGAAUGGGAACUCGUCCACAAAUCAAGCGGCGCCCGAACUCGGUGACGACAACGACAAAGCCACAUCACUUGGUCCUCUCUUCAAGAAACACAUUGAACAGAUGAGAUUGGCGCACGAGGGCUUCCUCAGAAACAGCGACCACGCAGCCAAGCGCUUGAUCCAGAUCCAGCAAGACCCCACUGUGAAGGUUUGGCUCAAUGAGUGUAAUGAAGUGGCCAAGGACCUAACUGCGGCCUGGGAUCUGGACUCUCUUCUCAUCAAGCCCAUGCAGCGAAUCACAAAAUACCCUAACCUCAUCCAAGAGCUUCUGCGCCACACGCCUGAGGAUCACCCGGACCGAGCCGAGCUGCUGUCAGCCAAGGAAACCCUGGAAUUGGCGAUUGUCGAGAUCAACAAGACGAAAAAGAACUUUGAGCUUGUCGGGCAGAUUGUUGGCCGGAAGAGGAAGGAAUCUGAUGUGAAGGCUGGGUUCGCUCGGGCGUUUGGCAAGCGUGUCGAUAAGCUUCAGGCUGCAAGCUCGAAGAUUCCCGAAGAUGCCGUAUAUGCUAAGCUCCAUGAGAAGUUUGGCGACGACUACCUUCGGCUACAAGUUGUGCUCAGAGACGUGGAGUUCUACACCCGACAAGUCAGCGCCUACGUACACGAGUUUCUGCAGUACUUAUCAGCCAUGGAGCUUGUCAUGCGUCUUCAACCUGGGAGCUAUCCGGAGCUAGAGAGCAAAUGGGUGCAAUUCAAUGUCUCAAUGAGAGACAUCGAAAAGAUUGCCCUAGAAGACCAUCUCCAGCAGGUCCGCAAGCAUGUCAUUGAGCCAUUCGAGCAUGUGAUCAAGGCUUAUGGUAACCCCUCACUGGCAAUGAAAAAACGAGCAAAGAGACGACUGGACUAUGAGAGAGCAGAACAGAUCAAGAAAGGCGGAAAGACGAUAGACGCUAAACUUAAGGAGUUGGUGGAACAGUACGACGCCCUGAACGAGACCCUUAAGAAGGAGCUGCCUCAGUUGUCCGCCUUGACAGAAAGAAUUGGAAACAUUUGUCUCGGCAAUUUCGUCAAUAUUCAGGCGAACUGGUACUCUAUUUGGGUGGAAAAGGUCAAGAAGGUCACUGGGGAGACAGGACCGCCACCAGAGGUUCCCGACAUUAUCUCUGCUUUCCAGCGAGACUACAAGUAUGCGCAGGAAUUAUUCUCCAACGUUGGGAUCCUGAACCCGGCAUAUAGAGGCAGAACGUCGCAGUCUACCACAGCAAGCACUGACGAUGUUACGACCAAGCACCGGCCUCGGCCAGCUGAGAUAUCUUCACCAAGAGGGAGAGGCUUAUCAGUCAAUGGUGACCACGCCCCGAUGUUGCCGACUCCAGACUUUGCCAAGCGCCACAGCGGACAGUUUACUCUAUCGCCAAGCACCACACCACUAAGUCCUCAUCAGUUCUACUACCGGGACUACUACGCUGGUGCCACUGCUCAGCGGCCUUCAGUGUCUGCCUCACCAGUAAUAGGUGAUCAAUCACCUGUGUCGCGUGCAAUUGCUCCCCCACCUACCACUCGACCUGGCACAGGACGAAGCUACGAAACGAAUGGUGUACCGAGACAAAGUUCAGAGUCGACAUCAAACAACAGAAGAGACUCCAAUCCAGCACACCAGUCCCAGAACCCGGGCAAUGAACCAAGGCGCUUCUCAGGCCUGUUCCAUUCAGCUCUGCCAAUGCCGGAUGGGGUGGAAGAAGGCCAACAAUCCUCACGGGCAUCGUCACGCGAGCGCACUCCUGCUGGGAACGGAUACAACAUACUUUGGCUGGCAGCAUCACUGUUCGAAUUCAACAUUGAAACAACAAAGCACGAGGCUGGCUACCCGUAUCUUACGUACCAAGCCGGUGAGAUCUUUGAUGUCAUUGCUGAGAAGGGCGAGCUAUGGCUUGCCAAAAACCAAGACGAUCCUGGCGACCAAGUCGGUUGGAUUUGGUCCAAGCACUUUGCGAAAUUGGCCGAUUCAUAG